GCAUGUCGCCUCCUGUGGCUGCACUUCACUGCUGUCGACCUUUCAGACUGAGCACAUGAACGCACAAAGCUCAUUUUACGCGCCUCCUCGCUAUGAUCCAGGCGCAGGCUCGGCGCACUGAAGCGGUUCGGCCUCUGCUCUGAGCCCGGACAGGAGAACCAGUCAGGUCCCUGACACCAGCGGGGAUUUCUGUUGUUUUUUCUUCUGUCUUCUAGGACACAACUUGGCAGAGAAGUCGCUCGCUGCUGUUGUCGCCCCCGCUGCCCUGCCGGGAGGAGGUUUGUUCGCGGACACAAAGUGUGGAACAAGUGUGAGAAAGCAGGAGAGCAACAGAUGUUUCUUGGUGGAUAUGCGGCCGGCUGAGGAAUGAAAGCUGCUGCGAGGCACCGGCGGCCCUUCCAGCGGUUCUGCUGCUGUGGAGUUGGGCUGCUCGCCGUCAUUUGGCUCGCACAGGUCAUCCAGGCACCAGAAACAGAAUCAUCCGGUCUUCGGCCAGGCGUGAACGGUGGGACGCCGCGAUGGACUCGCAGGCUGAUGCAGGAGAAGUCAGACAACCAGAGCCUGGACCAGCCCCGAGCAGCCAUCCACGAGUUUCCAGAGGACAUAUUUACCAAGGAGCAGAGGAGGAAGGGGGCUGUGUUGCUUCAUACACUCUGUGCCAUUUACAUGUUCUACGCUCUGGCCAUCGUGUGUGAAGACUACUUUGUCCCUUCCCUUGAGAAAAUAUCUGAGAACCUGCAGCUCAGCGAAGAUGUGGCCGGAGCGACGUUCAUGGCGGCAGGAAGCUCCGCUCCAGAGCUUUUCACCUCUCUCAUCGGUGUUUUCAUCACUAAAGGAGACGUCGGCGUCGGCACCAUCGUGGGCUCGGCUGUCUUCAACAUCCUGGUCAUCAUUGGCCUCAGUGGGAUUUUUGCAGGCCAGACAGUGGCUCUGACAUGGUGGUCUCUGUUUAGAGAUUCCUCCUACUACAUCCUCUCCGUACUGAUGCUCAUCAUGGUUAUCUAUGAUGCUAGAGUCGUCUGGUGGGAGUCCCUGCUCCUCAUGACCAUGUAUGUAAUCUACAUUAUAAUCAUGAAGUUCAACUCCCAGCUCCGGGCGUUGGUGACGCGUCAGUUGAGAAACACUGAGCCGUGCUGCCUCAGAUCAGACGAUCACAGAGAGGACAAGAUGGGGGAGGACGCCUCCGCUUGCAACACCUCCAUGGUGCUGCUCAACAAAGGACAACAUCACGGUCAGGAGCCUCCUCCUGUCAUCAUGGUGGAUGAGCUUCUGAUCCUUAACCCCCACAAACUGUCCUUCUCUGAGGCCGGCCUGCGCAUCAUGAUCACCCCUCACUUCUCCCCCCGCACCAGGCUCUCCAUGGCAGGACGCAUGCUCAUCAGUGAGAGACAGAGGCUAAUCCGGACUUCGAAAAACCAGCGGGACAGCGAGGCGAGCUCCGGGUCGAGAGGCGGGUCGGCCAGCAACAGUCUGAAGAGGGCGGGCUCCUGCACUCUGGAGAACGGAGGAGGGAGGCCGGGGAUGGGGGACGCAGAUUUGGGAGACAAGCCGGGGGUCGAGGUCUGUCAGCAAGAGGAAGAGGAUGAAUAUGGGAUUUUCAGUCCUGUGCGGAUACCAGGUGGCUGCUGUGCGAGGGUGAAGUGGGUGAUCACUUGGCCUCUGGGCCUCCUGCUCUUCUGCACUGUGCCUAACUGUGUUCUGCCACGCUGGCACCGCUGGUUCAUGGUCACCUUCGUGGCCUCCACCCUGUGGAUCGCCAUCUUCUCCUACCUCAUGGUGUGGAUGGUCACCAUCAUCAGCUUCACACUAGACAUCCCAGACUACAUCAUGGGAAUAACCUUCCUGGCGGCAGGAACCAGUGUGCCAGACUGCAUGGCGAGUCUGAUUGUAGCACGGCAAGGCAUGGGCGACAUGGCGGUGUCUAACUCCAUAGGCAGCAAUAUCUUUGACAUCCUGCUGGGUCUGGGUUUCCCCUGGGCUCUGCGCACCCUGGUGGUGGAUCAUGGAUCAUCAGUCUUCAUAAAUAAUAAAGGACUGGUGUAUUCUGUCGUCUUGCUGCUGGCGUCUGUGUUCCUGACAGUGACGAGUGUUCAUCUGAACCACUGGAAGCUGGAUCGUCGGCUGGGUCUGGGCCUGAUUUUUCUCUACGCCAUCUUCCUGCUCUGCUCCAUCCUCUUCGGGCAGAUGUGAGGCCUUAAAAGGUCAAAGGUCGAGCCCUGUCAGACAAACACACCGAGUACCUACCUGGCUACGUCACGUACUCUCUCCCGAAGCCAAAACAAGAGUGACAGCGUUGCCGUGUUCCGUAAGAUUAUUUAGAGUGACGCAUACAACUACACAAACACGAAGUCUUUUAUCAAUAGCACAGUUGUUUUUUCUUUUUCCUCCUUUUCGUGCAGUGCAGUGUGAAGCAGUCAGUCUGUAAUGUGGCAGAUCAGGAAACUAACUGUUCUGGUAGUAGUUUGGUUGUUGCACAGUGUUGUGGCUGUGCACUGAUAUUCGUUGAUAUUUAUAAAUCCUAAGUGAGCAAAAAUUUCAAUUCUGUAACAAUGUGAAUUUAUAUUUCAUAGAAUUUUAAUGCACAGAAAUGAAUUUUAUUCCUAAAGAAUCAACCCUGAGCGCCGCUGCGUCUUGUUAAAGUUCGCUCUAAAUCUAAAUCUAAAUUUUGUGCUAUCAGUAUUUUAUUAACAGCCUUGAGGCAUUGACAAACUUAUUAUUGACUAUCACACUAACCCUAACCCUAAUCGUUAGUGCCUCCUGCAUUGAGCACAAGUGAAGGUCUUGAUGACACAAAGGUCAGGGACCGUCCCUGCAGCUCUUCUCCUCCAUCGACUGUUCACUUUAUUUAUUUCUAUUUUUAAUGUUUGUGUUCUGAACGCUGCUAAAGCCGAGCAACUUAUCUACAGAUCAAUAGAGGAGGUUGUUUUUCACCUGUCCGUUUGUUUUUGAGCAGGAUUAGACAAAAAUAACAGAUUUCCACGAAACUUUCUCUAAGGAUGGGAUAUAGUUCAGGAAAACCCAGAUUACAUUUAGGUGCAAAUCCAGGAAUUUUCUUUCAUUCUAACAUUGUGAGGUUCCCAGGGAAUAAUUUGUGGAUUUUGAUCCACGUGCACAUUUGGGGAACUGAUAUCUAAUUUAAAAAUAAUAAUAAAAUUUAGUGCAGCUUGAUUGAAUUUGUUUGGCCUCUAGUUUCCCUGCAUCUUAUCUGCAGUUAUGGUUCAUUACUGCAGUUUUAAAUGAGACUAGCCAAUUAAACUCCACUACAGGCAGCAGAACGGAACUAAACCAGUUGGGAACCAUAAUGUGACAGUAUUCAUCAGGUGGCUUUUAUUUAACUAAUUAACAUCUUUCCUCCAAAGAUGUAAAAAAGAAAAAGUAAUCCUUAAAUACUUUGUCAUGCACCAGAUGAUGAACUUGUCUGUCGACCUUAGGUUUGAAGAUGUUUUUGAAUGUACACCCUCACUGUGGAAAUAUUUACAUGCAUUAAAAUGUAGCAGCAAAGAACCUGUGAACACACUACGAUGGAAUAUUAGCUCUGCAGCGAAGGGUCGUGUGUACUGAGGACUUUUAGAACAGAAACACUGAUAUUAAAAAUGCACAUUAUUGUGACAAUAUUUGAAAGAUUUUUGACUCAUUACCUAGAAGCAAGUAUUGGUACAGAUUAGUGGAUGUAAGAAAAAAGAUGAACCUAGUGUUACAGUAUUUGUAGGAGGUCUUAUUACUAUGAAAUUAAUAUAAUGUACUUCUUUGAGUGUCACAGACUUUGAGUGCAGGUUAGUUGUAAAACUUCACCUUUACGUACGACAAUCGAUGUUUGUAUUGUUUCUUGUACAUUUAAAGAGAUUUAAGUCACUUUGGUGGAACAUUUUUACAGUGAGCAAAAACCUGUUUCAGCGCACACGCAGAAAAAUAACAAUAAUAAACUAUAAAACUCUAUAUUUAUACUGUGUGUGUGUAUUAUAGCAAAUAAUGCUGCAUCUUCUGCACAUAUAUAUAAACCAGCUGCUUUUCUGUUCUGCAGAGAAAAAACAUUUCAUUCCUGUUGAUAAAAUUCGUCUUAGGUUUUGUGCUGUCAGUUUUUGGUAUUUGCUGUUAUUUUACCCAUGAAUUUAAAAUCUGUUCCACCAAAGGGAUGAGAGAUUUUUGUUUUUGGAUCGCUGUAUAAUUAUGAUUGUCUACUUGACUUAACACUUUGUACUGUUUGUAAAUGUUAAAUAAUUUACAUAGUUUUACAACAAAUGUCUGACAGAGACUAGUUUUGUGGUGUUUUUUGAUAUUUUUUAAGAAAUUACAUAUUGUAAACCUGCUUGUGAAUUAUAAUUAUAAUAAGAGAACUAAUUGAUAUUUUGUCACUUUGUUUAGUGGAACAUGAAGACUUUAACUUUGUUAUGAAUUCUACUGCAGUUGUGUAUUUUCAUAUUUGAAUCUUUUCACCAUGACGUUUUUCUUUUAUUUCAGUGUUGAUUCAUCGACAUAUUCAACCUCAUGUCACCUCGUUUCAUGUGGAGA